CGAUCACGAGGAUGUACUGGUCCUGGCAGACGCCCUGCUGUAUGCGCAAAACUUCUGUCCCAAGUGCAUUGGAUGAGUCGGCUGCGGGGGUCUUUACCAACUCGGAGAUCCUGUGGCAGCAGAUCAAGCACGCCAGCAUGCAUACCGGGACGCAGCGAUGUGCAGAACUAUGGCAUUGACCGAGGUGGACGUCCCUGCAAGGCCGCUGCCUUUCUCCGUGAGUUUGUGCCCUGUGGCCAGUGGAUGUAUAUUGAUGCCACAAAUGUUAUGGUGACAAAGGGCUUCGAAUACGAGUAUCUGCGCAAGGGAAUGGCCGGCCGCCCGACCCGAACACUGGUGGAGUUUAUUGCUCAGACGAUUUGCAAGGAUACGGCCCCACGUUUGGCCAAGUAAUCAAUCUCUAACGGGAAUCCAAUGUUAUAUAUAUUUUUUACUGUGUUUUUUGACGAUGCCACACACGAACACAAAAUUACACUUGAGCUAUGAUCACUCAAUUUUACAUAUGUUUUCGCAUUUUUAAUCUCCACACAAACACAUGCGGCACAUUCGUUUAUUAUGAAAUUGUAACGUAUAAAACAGAGAAACAGCGCUA